GAGAUAGUAGUGAAUUGGCUCAAUUGCUUGCCUGUGCACUCUAUUCUCUUAUCAACAACUACUACAGUGAAGAGUAGGAUAAAUACUUCCAAUACUUAUCAUUGUUCACAGCCGACAGACUGAUAAUCUGUUGAGCUAGCUACCACAUUUAGAGUCCAGAUUUAGUUUUUGUUGAAAAUGUUAUAUUCAAUUCUAACUUUGCAGUUAUUGUUUCCAGUUAUUGGAUUAAGUGCACUAGCUCCGAGAAUCUGCAAUGGCGGGUCUUCUCCAUACACUUAUAAAACGGAGUAUUUUGAUGUGCCCGUGGAUCAUUUUGCUUUUACAAAUGACGAUAUGUUUAGAAUGCGAUACCUGAUAAAUGACUCAUAUUGGAAACCAAAUGAAGGUGCACCAAUUUUCUUCUAUACAGGAAAUGAAGGUGAUAUAGAAUCAUUUGCUGCAAAUACUGGCUUUCUGUGGGAGUCAGCUCCAGAAUUCCAUGCAUUAAUUGUCUUUGCUGAGCACAGAUACUAUGGACAUUCCAUGCCUUAUGGAAAUAAAUCUCUCAGUGAACCAAAAUAUUCGGGAUACUUGACAGCAGAGCAAACAUUGGCUGAUUAUGUUUAUCUUCUAACAAAUUUAACUACAUCUGCGAGAGACCUCCGUACUGAUAUUUUUGUUAAUGGUAAGAAGAAUGUGAAUAAGAGAACGAAGAGAAUUCCUAUUAUUUCAUUUGGCGGCUCCUAUGGAGGUAUGCUGUCAGCUUGGUUCAGGAUGAAAUAUCCAGGAUUAGUCACUGGUGCGUUAGCCUCUUCAGCACCAAUCUGGCAAUUUCCUGGUCUCAAUGACUGUCAUACGUUCGCUAGGAUUGUCACUUCUGCAUUCGAAAUAGAAGAAAAGAGUUGUCCUCAUAAUGUGAGGAAAUUGUGGACUGCGAUCGAUGAGUUGGGUAAUUCUAAAGAAGGACUGGAAUGGAUGUCAACCAACUGGAAGCUGUGUAAUGCGUUGAAAAAUAAAACAGAUGUGGAUAAUAUGAAAGCUUGGAUAUCAAGCGCCACAAUCAAUGUUGCUAUGGUCAACUAUCCCUACCCAGCCAAUUUCUUAGGGGAUCUACCAGGACAUCCUGUCAGGGCAUUUUGCAAACAUUUGGAUGAGCCAAUGGAAGGAAAAGAUCUACUUACAGCAACUUUCAAAGGGCUGAAUGCUUGGUUCAACCAUUCAGGUUCUGCGAAAUGUUUUAAUUUGUCUUCUGAGUUUGGAACUUCAGAUCUUGGUUUAGACGCAUGGAAUUACCAGUCAUGUACAGAAAUGGUGAUGCCCAUCUGCAUGGAUGGAAAACAAGAUUUCUUCGAGCCAGCGCCAUGGGAUCUUGGAGCCUAUGUUAAUGAUUGCAAGAAAACAUUGAAGAUGAGCACAAGGCCAUACAGCAUCCCAAAGUUGUUUGGUGGAAAGAAUCUUGAGACAGCCAGCAACAUCAUAUUCAGCAAUGGCCUUCUGGAUCCAUGGGCAGGCGGCGGCGUGUUGAAGAACGUGUCAGAGUCGACAGUUGCCGUGUUGCUGCCGUCAGCCGCUCACCACCUCGACCUGAGGGCCUCCAACAACCUUGACCCGCCUACCGUCACAAUGGCUCGCAAGUUCUACAAGAAGAUCUUCAGAAAAUGGAUUGCCGAUUUCCACAAACAAUAGUACCAAUUCAAUUGAACAGUCUGCUAGUCCUUAAAAUGGAUCUUGAGUACCGGUAAUGGAGUAAAUGGAUCUUAUAUUGGAGGAAUGGAUUGCAGAUUGAUGGAAAAUAAGUUGAAUUGGUCCAAAUUAAUCAAAAUAUUUUGGGAUUCAAUGAACAUUAUAAAAUGUCACUAAAACUUGAGGCAAAUCAAAUUUAACAUUAUCCACAAUAUGAAUUUGGAUAUUCUAGAAUAUAAUUAUAUUCAGGGAUUGGAUUGCAGAUUAAUGGAAAACAGGUUAUUGAUGAGCUAGUUUUCGAGAAGAAUCAAGAUAAUAAUAAUAUGACACGUUGCGUACUCAGAAGAUGGUUAGCAGCAACUUCUUCGCACCACAAGAUCUUAUUUAGAUAUAUAUCAUAUUAUUUUGUGAAAUAGAUAGCCGAUUUCCAUGGAAAUUAAUCAUUCAAAUGGUCUGCUAGUGUUUGAGAGGAAUUUAUAUAGGACUGGUCUGUAAUAAUCAUAUUUUUGAUGAUUUUUCUCAAAAUCUUAUCUCUUGAAAUAAAUUCUUAUUUGGUCAAGUUA